CUCCUUCUCUUCUUUUCCUCGAGCAUCGCCUCGGUCACCGACACCUGUCAAUCAGACACACACGCUUAUCGCUGGACUAUUGACUGGCCACGCGAGUCGCUGCAGAAAUUGCUCAUUUUGUCUAAUAUUGACCGGAUUCUUGUCCGCCAUGGCUCCUUCAAAGUGGGACGAUGAGGAAGAGAGUGUCUCCCCUCCUCCUGUGGCUGCCCGUCGCAAGUUCGACGAUGAGGAAGAAGACGACGUCCUCGACUCGUGGGACGCCGCCGAAGACUCCGAAGUAGAAAGAGAGAAGGCCGCCAAGGCUGCUGAGGCCAAGGCCAAGGCCGAAGCCGAAGCCGCUGCCAACAAGAAGAGCAAAGCCCAGCGGAUACAGGAACACAAAGCAACGCGGAAGGCGCAGGCCGACGCCUCAAGCGACGAGGAGAGCGAGGAGGACGAAGCCGAGCGGAGAGCCCGCCUCCGUAAGACGGAGAAGGAUUCCGACCUGAAGCACGCCGAGGAUCUGUUUGGCGACAUAGACCUCAAUCGCAUGCGCAACCGUGGCGCCCCCAAGGCCAUCGUCAUCGGCGACUCGGCCGACCCUACCCAGGCGAUUGAUUUGUCGGCCAUGCCUUUGUUUAAGCCCACCACUAAGGAUCAAUUCGCUCAGCUCACCUCGACUCUGAUCCCUCUGUUGACUGCGCACUCCAAGAAGCCCCAGUAUGCCUUGUGGGCUCAGGAAUUUGUCAAGCAGCUGGCCAAGGAAUUGCCUAGCGGUGAUGUCAAAAAGAUGGCCUCUGGUCUGACAACGCUCAGCAAUGAGAAGAUGAAGGAGGAGCGCGCCGCUGACAAGGGUAACAAGAAGACCAAAGCCGCCAAGACCAAGGUGUCACUCGUCGCUGCCAGAGACAACCACAUUGAUUCCAACUCUUAUGAUGGUGACGGCUUGGAUGACGAUGACUUCAUGUAAUUAUCGAAACUUGCCGUGGCCCUUCUCCUUACUCCAUCCUUCCCACUAUUUUCUUUCCAUCUCUUGUGCAUUCUCCUCAGCUUUUCAGCUAGACCGGCCUUGACUUGUCUCUCAUGUGCUCCUUUUCUGUAUAUUCGGUAUAAAAUUAUCUCCAUGUUGUCAACACCCUAUUAUCAUUUUGUCCCCUUGGCCUUGCGGUCCUGCUUCUGGUAACAUAUCGUUUCUUGCACUUACACAUAGAAUUUGAGUCCGUUGUAGUCGC